UUUGUGUUUCAGUUCCUGUGUUGAACCGAAUUGAAACAGGAGCGACAGCCUGGCUCCUUACGGAUUUUGACGACUUUCCAAGCUGCCCCCUCGGAGGGGUGGCUGCUAGAGUCGGCUCCUGGGUCUGUCUACCUGUCCAGGUGAGCAUCGGGGAGCAUGCUUGUUGUAAGUCGCCCAGGACUGGAUCAGGGAGCAAAUCAGUUGACCCAAGAGCUGGUUCUGCGAGCGAAUCACAAUCUCAAUACCUUCCUGAGGAAGUGGCAUUUCCCGUUCGUUCUUCCUCUCAGCUCAAACAUGAAACCAGCGAUGACGUUGUUUUUAUUGUCCGGUGUAUGGCUCGAUGUUAGCACAACAGCUCAGGCUCGCUCUGCUGUGACUGUGUACACUUCAGCCUCCAUCUCGGGCUAUCAGGAACAAACUGUGACCCUCCCGUGUCACCUCUCUGCUUCCAGUCCUCAUGUGAAGGUGGUUUCUAUUACCUGGAAGGAUCCAAACCAGAUUAACAUUGCUGUGUACAAUCCUGAGCGUGGGGUAAGUUACCCUAGGGAUGAGAACUCGAGCCGCGUUUACUUCCAAAAUCCUUCGGGAGAGGAUGCCACGCUGGUGAUCAGAAACUUCAGCAGGAACGACGCCGGCACUUACGUCUGCUCCUGGACAACGUAUCCAGACGGAAGCUUUUCCAGCAAAACAGUGCUGAAGAUUUCAGUUGCUGGGAGGAACUCAACGAGGAUGGAUCUGGAUGAGUGCCCCAGUGAAAUUGUGUACACAUCUGUGAAUAUCCAACAGCAGAAUGUGAGAUUGCCGAAGAAAUAUUGCCAUGAGGAUGAUGUUGAUUCAGAAGGCACUGUCUAUAGUGUUCUCAAACACAAAUAGAUUUAUUCCGUUCAUUACGGAGUGAUGUGAUGUUUAAAAUUUAGUUUACAGGUAGGUAGUCACAUUAAUGUGUGCAUUUUGAUCAAUCAGUGGCCAACCCUAUCAUUGAUGGUGAUAACACAAUCAUGACUGUCCAUACUUUUUUAAAAGAACCUGUCAGAGAUGUUAUGGCAUGCAUCUGGAGCAGGUGGAACUUGAACGCAGGCCUCCUGGCUCACAGGCAGAGACACUACCGCCACACCAUGAAAGGUGCAAAUUUACACAGAAGCCCACGCACAUCUGAUACCCUGAGACCACGAAGUCAGCCAACAGAUCCUGUAGCCACAUCCCACAUUGAAAAGCAAUGUAAUACCAGCAGCAGGAAUGACCAUAAGACAGGAGUAGACCAUCCUGCUCUACCAUUCGACAGGAUCAUGUCUGAUCCACGUUCCUGCCAUUUCCCCGUGAAUCUUGAUUCCCCUGUUGAUCUAUCUCAGCCUUAAAUAUACUCAAGGACUCAGCUCCCACAGCUCUCUGUGGCAAGGAGUUCCUGAAACUCUCAACCAUCUGAGAGAAGAAAUUCUUCCUCAUCUCAGUCUUAGAUUGGCUCCCUUUUAUUCUGAGACUGUGCCCUCUGGUCUGAGAUUCUCCCAUGAGGGUACACAUCCUCGCAGCAUUGACCCUGUUUAAGCCCCUUAGGGGUCACAUCUGUUUCGAUGAAAUCACCUCUCAUUUGUCUAAACUCCAACGAGUAGAGUCCCAACCUGUUUAACCUUUGCUCAUAAAACAAUCCCUCUGUAAUGGGAAUCAUCCCAGUGAACCUUCUGUGAACUGUCUCCAAUGAAGUAGUAGCUUUUGUUAAAUAAGGAAGCCAAAACAGCCCAUAGUACUCCAGAUGUGGUCACACCAACACAUUGAAUGCAACUGUUUCUUUUUGAAGGAUCGUGCAAAUUUAUACUAUGGAAGGAGGCCAUUCUGUUUUUCAUGUAUAUGCCUCUUGAUAAACAGCUAUCUAAUCUGAUCCCACUUCAUUCAGUCCACAGCUUGGUAUAUUGCAGCAUUCCAAAUGAAUAUACAAGAGAUUUUCAUUUUAAAUUGUUGUGCUGGUUUGUCCAUUUAUGAUGAUUUCGGGCAACGAAUUUCAGAGCCCUGUCACCCUCUCACUGCUCCUCAAAUUCACUUGAAUCUUACUCAAAGACAUUUUGUGCCUUGUGGUUAUUGAACUGUUUGCUGAGCUCUCUUAAUGUCAUUGUUAAUAUGUUAUAUUUUGGAAAACAUUAAUGCUAUCGUAUAAAAUAACUAUCUUCUAUGUCAAAUGUUGUCAGCCAAAACU